GUCACCAGCACAACUUCCUCGCUGUAUGGAGAUGCAGCAUCCAGAGAAGGAGCGGGAGAUCUGAAAGUAGAAUUGAGUCAGUGCAGGGAUUAUAUGGCAUAAAGGUUCAGAAGUAAACAGGCAAGGGUUUGCAACAGCUGAGCUGAAACCAUGGUGAUCUUACGUGAAGGACUUUGUCCAGGACUCUCAGCUGGUAUAGUUGCUGUACUUAAAGCUAACAAUGUAAAAACAGUCAUUGAUCUGGUUGCUUCUGAUUUGGAAGAGCUUGCACGAAAAUGCUCCCUGUCAUACAAGACAUUAAUGGCAGUGAGGCGUGUUCUUCUGGCACAGUACUCUGCAUUUCCCUCCAGUGGAGCUGAUGUGUAUGAAGAGCUUAAGAGUUCCACAGCCAUCCUACCCACAGGCAACAGAAAGCUGGACAUUCUCUUAGAUUCUGGGCUAUAUACAGGAGAAGUGACAGAAAUUGCUGGAGCAGCUGGCAGUGGAAAGACUCAGACGUGUCAGAGCAUCGCAGUCAAUGUUGCAUAUAACUUAAAGCAGACUGUGCUCUACGUGGAUACCACAGGGGGGUUGACAGCUUCUCGCCUGCUGCAGUUGGUACAGUCUAGAACCAAAAGUGAAGAUGAGCAGGUAGCAUCACUACAGAGAAUUGAAGUUAUCCGUGUGUUUGAUAUUUACAAAUUGUUUGACGCCUUCCAGGACCUUAGACAUCAAAUUUCCCAACAGCUUCUAAGAUCUGGCGAACCAUUGAGACUUGUAAUCGUUGAUUCUGUCUGUGCUGUAAUAUACCCAAUGCUUGGUGGAAAACACACAGAAGGUAUGGCCAUAAUGAUGCAGCUGGCACGGGAACUGCAGACCUUGGCACAUGAUUAUCAUCUGGCAAUUCUUAUAAGUAACAGUAUAACUAAAGAUGGAGCUACUGGAAAUCGACCAGCCCUUGGGCGUUCAUGGAGCUUUGUGCCGAGUACUCGCAUUUUGCUGACUCCGACUGAGUUAAACUGUGGGCAUAGUAUUGUAUCACUUGUGAAAUCUCCUCGACAGCCAACAAAUCUGCAGCUGGAUAUGGAGAUUGGAAUUUGUGGAACUUUAGAGGAAAACAACCUAAGCUCAUGAUAGAAGAUCCUGGAAAGAUACUAAUGAGAAAUCAUGCACCUUGAUAUUAUGAAGUCCUGGUUGUUUGGUCCAUUGUUUAAUUUUUUUGUUACAUGAUACCAGCUGCUGAGUGCUUUGCAAUUUGAUUUACUAAUAAUAAUUUCUGGAGGGGUUUAAAUACAUACAUUUGAAUUUUAUUGAAGGUCUUAGUGGCUUAAUGCAUUUAAAACUUUGUAUCCUUUUUCAAGAUAUUAUGGCUCUUUUAUGUUAUUCCUGCAGGGGGUCACUGCGGCCUGGAUGUAACUUUCCAACCUAUUAUAAAAGAAAAAUGUUUUCACUUUGUUUUGCAUAUUUUGUUAUAUUUAUUGCAUAUUUUUGUAUGUUUUGUUAUAUUUUUAUAUAAUGUUUCAUUGUUGAGACACGUAUAUAUAUAUAUAUAUAGCUAUGUAUAUAUAUUAUUAGCAGGGAUUGCAAUCUCUGGAUUCC